CUCCAUGCCGACCUGAGGCGCAGUCUCCAGGUUCUUCUCCACCUCCAACCUUGAAUGACCCCGUGACCUGGGAGACCAUGCCCAGUCUUCUGUCAUCGGAGGAGACCGAGGACGAGCGUUCUGUGUUGGAGGCCAUGAUGUCACACCCUCAUUGGAAAAUCAUCAACAGGGUCCUGUUGAGAAAGAACAAGAGCGUAGCUGAGCUGCAGGAGCGCUCGGAGGAGGUCAUGGAGUGGGUUCUCAAGGUGACCAACGAGGUGGUCCUGCCCGCCAUGGCCCUUUACCAGGUCCUCCACAUCUGCAAAGACCAAGAUGGCCGCCCGCUGUCCGCCACCAUCUCCUACAGCAGCUGUGACUCCCAGAGUGACAGGUCCUCUUCCGCAGGGCUGCUGUCCACAGCCAGGCCUGACACUGGCUCUCUGACUGGGAUGGUAUGUUUCAACCCUGCUGAUUCUCCCCAGGACCAGGCCUCUUCUCCGGGCUCCGCCCAGCCCUACGUCCCCCAGGGUGUUCUGAGAAUGAUCUCAGAGAGGUUGCACCAUCUGCUGCUAGGAGGGCAGGGAUCCAGGUCCCAGAGCAGGAUGCUGGGUGGCAGGCCUCCGACGUUGGACUCUGAUAGGCCCACGGAGGAGGACGUCCUCGCCACGGCAUCCCUCACUGUGGCAGAGAUCCUGCUGAAGGUGCAGGCGGUGAGGGAUAAACAAGAGCACGAUGCAGAGGACAAGCUGUCAGCCUGUGCGGAGGAGCUCUACGAGUCUGUCAUGGGAGAGGUGCUGGAGAAGUUUGCACUCCACCGCCCCUGCUGCUUGCUGUCGGACUGCCGUGUGACCAGCAUCUCCGAGGACCUGAUAUGCAACGCCUGGCAGGACGCCAAGGAGAAGAUUCAGGUCCUCGCCAACAGCCACACCGACGCCAUCAACGAGCUGGUGUCCCCGUGGCCCCCGUUGUCUGCCGACACGAGGGAGAGGAUGGAGAUGGCCUCAUUCCUCAUCGGUAGCAUGGCAGAGGCGGAAGAGAUGGAGAAGGCGAUGGCUCCGCCCAGCCGCGUGACGUCACCGACCCUCUGCUCCCUGAAGGAGAGCCUCUCUGGAAUCCUGGCCUGCCACGCCCUGUUCCAGAGCCCGGGCGUGGUCCCCACGGAGGAGAAGCUGGACCUGGUGAGGAUGGUGGGGGGCUUCCUCCAGGAGAUGGAGCCCACAGAAGGAGGCUCUUCCCUGGACCAGCCCCAAGAGGCCUACGAGGCCUCCCUGCUCCAGAGCGUGGCCACAGCCUGCAACGUAAUCCACAACGUCCUGAAGAACUUCCACGCAGCCCAGCAGCUGACUGGGCAAGUGGAGGUGGCAGACUUCCUGCAGCCUGGAAGUAAGACCUUCACCAUGGUGGUGAAGUGUGUUAGCCAGAGCCUGCUAGGAGACGUUGCCAUGGAGCUGGAUGCCCUGAGGAGGAGCCCGGGGGCCAGCAUCAGCAGUGGGAGGAGCAGCAGGAAUCAGGAAUGCCUCCCUCUUGACACGCAGCAGGAGCGACCAGUGGAGAGCACUAGCGCCUGGAGCGAGGCUAGCAGUGCUGCCAGCUGCCAAGACCUCAGCCUCACCGCUGAAAACAUGCUGGACGCCAUCGUGCGGAUGGCCCACUCGGCCUCCAGAUCCUCCCCCGACAAUCAGGACGACAAAUGCGACGGAGGCUCCUCCGUCAAAUCGUUCGACCAGGCGGAGUACGACCUGGGCCGCCUGCUGGCAUCCCACAGCAUGUGCACCAGGAUGUUCCAGGUGAGGAUCCAACACUUCUCCGAGCAGUUGAUUGGAUGCAUUUAUCAGCUUCUCCUGGACACCCGGAUGGGACGACUCCCCUCGACACCCCAUUGCCACUCCGAGCCCAACUUCCAGAACCUGGAGGACAAGGAGCGCCUGGACCAGGAGCUCUUCACCCCUCUGCUGUACAAUUUCUUCCAGACGGCCUUCAAGAGCCUGAUGGGGAACCUGCUGGGCGAAAAAGACCUCACGCACGACCACCGGGCCGACUCCUGCAGCGAUGCGUCCUCGGACAGCAGUGACAGCAGCAGUGACAGCAGCAGUGACAGCAGCAGUGACAGCAGUGACUGUCCCUCCCUGGACUGGUCCCGUGGGAUGACGCCGGGCCCCAGGCAUGGGGUUGUGGGUAGUAGGAGAUCGCAGAGCAGGUUAAAGCCCUCCUGCAGCCAGGACCAGAGGUGGGCACUGGAGGCCAUUUGUGAGGUGUUGACUACCCAGGCGGGAAGUGACCUCUACAAGACCUGCAACGACCCACAAGAAAACAUGGUCGUUGUUAGCAAAGGCCUUGAUGCUGAGGCCAUGGCCAAGGUAGGUAACCUAGCCAGCUCCUCCUCUGAAUACAUAAACCAGGAAGUGACAACAGGAAGUCUCGACCCUGAGUCAGGUCUCACCAACCAGGAAGUAGGCCAGCCUGAGAUGGAUGACAACGAAAAUUCUGAAGAAGGGUCAGAUUGCCAGACAAUUGCCAAGGGUGCAUUGAUCGAGGAAGAAGAGAAGAAUGAAGAUGAUGGAGCUCCAGGCCUCCCUGAGGAGGUCCAGGAUCAUCCCUCCCUACCUGUGAGCCACUCUGAGACACCCUCCCUACAGCCUGGGGAAGUUCUGAUCCAGGAGAAGGUCCUGAUACCCCCCCGACCCAGCGCCCUGCACCACCAGACCCUGCAUGACCUGCUGCACAGGUUGGUGGGACGCCUGGCCCUCCAGGGGCCCCUUCGUUCCUGCUUCACCCCCACCAACUCGGAGAUAGAGGCUGUCCUCCUCCAAGACGUGAGCUGGUUUCUCUGGAACCAGGCCGGGAUUGGCCUUGUCCUGGAGCAUGAACCCCAGAACCCGCUCUUUGGUGGCGCCGACGCCCUGGACGCCAUGUUUGAGGCGACCUACGCUGAGCUAAUGCUCUGUUCCGAUAGAAACAGGGCCCAGGUCCACUCCGCCCUCCAGGGAGGGGCAGGCAUCGUCUGCAUGGCCGAGAACGUCGCCAAGGUAAUCUGCCGUCAUGCCGAGGUUUGGCGGCCUUCUGCCGUGUCGGGUGAGAGUCAUGAUUUGGAAACAGGUUGUGAGGAGAAGGAGAGCGCAGAGGACUCUGCUGGCUUGGAAAAGGCCGGUAGAAAUUCCACCACCUUCAUCACAAACACGAGCUUGGAUGAAGGACUUGAGAUGGACUCUGCUGGCUUAGAAAAGGCCAGUGGAAGUUCCAGCCCCUUCAUAAGCAACACAAGCUUGGAUGAAGGACUUGAGAUGGACACUGCUGGCUUAGAAAAGGCCGGUGGAAAUUCCAGCCCUUUCUUAAGCAACACAAGCUUGGAUGAAGGACUUGAGAUGGACACUGCUGGCUUAGAAAAGGCCGGUGGAAAUUCCAGCCCUUUCUUAAGCAACACAAGCUUGGAUGAAGGACUUGAGAUGGACUCUGCUGGCUUAGAAAAGGCCAGUGGAAGUUCCAGCCCCUUCAUAAGCAACACAAGCUUGGAUAAAAGACUUGAGAUGGAGUCUGCUGGCUUGGAAAAGGCCAGCAGACUCGCCUCCUGCCUCUCGUCCUCCUCCACUUCCCGGUCCUGCUACUCCUCCUCUUCUUCCACCUCUGUUUUCUCCUGUUCUUCGUCCUCCAAAUCCUCAACCAGCUCCUUAGCGCUGAACGUCCAGACCUUGGGGAGUCCUCCAUUGCCAGAGGACAGGAGAAGAAGAAGAAGUCCAUCAAAGCCUUCUUUAGGGGGAUCUCUGCAGUUCUCUCUAGGGCUUUCUGCUUUGGCUGCGUGAAGGAUAUUCACCAGUAGAGGGCGCCACCUGCUUACUCAACUGGCUGGCAGAGAAAGAGAACCUGUCACUACGGCAACAACUGUAGCUACUUCCCUCUUCUUCAGAACUGUGUAACCAAUUUUUUGGUAUAUUCCAAUAAAAAAUACUG